AAGGGGACCACUCAUGGUCCAAGUACCGCUCAAAACACACGUCCACUUAGCGAGAAUUAACGCAUCAAGCGCUUGACAUUCGCUCCGCAGCAGAAUCUACCACCCAGGGACGCCAUCCAUAGUCUAAGCAUCCCGCAAAAUGCAAGCUCACAUGGCCAGAAUCACUGCACAGAACGAAAUGCCCAGGGACAUCUUCUAUCGGUAUGUACGCUGUCAAAACGCACGGUUCUAAAUCACGUCGUCAGACGCUUGACAUUCACUCCGCAACAGAACCGAAUGCCGAGGGGGGCCAUCCACAGUCUAAGCAUCCGUCAAAACGCACGCCCACAGCUAGAAUCACGGUAGUAGGUCAAAAGCGACAUCAGAUAACAUCACGAAGCCACGGUUCCAAAUCACGUCGUCCAGCGCUUGACAUUCACUCCGCAAUAGAACUAAAUGUCCGAGGGCGUCCCCAGUCCCAAUCACCGCAGUACGUCAAACGCAACAUCAAACAACAUCAUACAUCCACAAUUCCAAAUUACACCGUGAAAAACUUCUCGUUACUCUCACGCCGACUACACCGCACCGAGGCCCCACAACUCCGCCAACACUCCCCCAAAACCUAUUCAGCAGCCGGCAGAUGCACAUCCCAGUUCUUCUGCAGCUCCAACGCCCACUUCCACUUCUCCCUGACCCACUCUCACGCCAACUCCUCCCACUCCUCCACCCUCUCCCGCCCCUCUUGGCACAUCUUCCCCGCCUCCGCGGCCGCCUUCCGGCACGCUCCCGAGCAAUUUGCGACUUCUUUGCGCCUGUUGCUGCCACGCUCCUGGUAGGAGAUUGAGCCUGCGUGGUCCCACAGCCGCGCGGCCUCUUCGUACCCGUGCACCGC